UACCCUCACUCCUCUCAUCGAGGUCGACCUCGAAUACGAAGGCUUCUCUUCCUGUUCUUUCCGUCCCAAAUUGUGGCACGGAGAGCUUUGCUGUUGUAGACAAUUCAAUAUAAUUUGAGCUACCAUUCGUAAUAUCUUUCAAAAGGACCGAAAUCUGUUAUCAUUAUAAUAUGACUUACGCAAAUUCAUCUACCAGUGGCUAUCGUAAUAGCGGAGCUGGUCAGAAUCGUGGUUCGAUAGGAGGUGGACAGCGUAGUUUCGGCGGUGCUAGUAGUGGUAGCAGUGGUUCCCGUUUCAGCAAUGGAAGUCGUGGUGGAGUUGGUAGCAGCGGCAUUGGGACUAAUCGUGUAGGACCUCGUAUGGGUCAACGACCACAAAAUAGCAAUAAUGCUGGUAACAAUCUUAGAAAACCUAACUGGGAUCAUGAAACAUUGAGACCGUUUAAAAAGGACUUUUAUAUACCUCAUCCUGACGUUUCUAAUCGGCAUCCACGUGAAGUGAAUAACUUCAGAGAAAUUCAUAAAAUUACUUUAAAAGGAGAUAAAGUACCUAAUCCAAUACAGUACUUUGAAGAAGGAAAUUUUCCUGAUUAUGUUAUGCAAGGUAUUAAAAAGCAGGGUUAUUCCGAACCAACAGCAAUUCAAGCUCAGGGAUGGCCUAUCGCUAUGUCUGGUAAGAACAUGGUUGGCAUUGCCCAAACUGGAUCUGGCAAGACUUUAGCAUACAUUUUGCCAGCCAUUGUUCAUAUCAAUAGCCAACAACCUCUAAAUCGUGGCGAUGGACCUAUAGCGCUUAUUCUCGCUCCAACUCGAGAAUUAGCUCAACAAAUACAAACUGUAGUCAAUGAUUUUGGCUCGCUCUCUUAUGUUAGGAAUACUUGUAUCUUUGGUGGUGCACCAAAAGGAGGACAAGCACGUGAUUUAGAACGUGGAGUUGAAAUUGUUAUUGCCACACCUGGAAGAUUAAUCGAUUUUCUAGAACGAGGUACUACAAAUAUGCACAGAUGUACUUACCUAGUUCUUGAUGAAGCCGAUAGAAUGUUAGAUAUGGGUUUUGAACCUCAAAUUCGAAAAAUUAUUGAACAAAUUAGACCAGAUCGACAAGUUCUCAUGUGGUCCGCUACUUGGCCAAAGGAAGUCAGAAAUCUUGCAGAGGAAUACCUGGUUGACUACACUCAAUUAAAUAUUGGCUCCCUACAGCUUGCUGCCAAUCACAAUAUUCUUCAAAUCAUUGAUGUUUGCCAAGAGCAUGAAAAAGAAACAAAAUUGGGAACGUUACUCCAAGAAAUUGGAAAUGUUAACGAAGAUGGUGGGAAAACCAUCAUUUUUGUAGAAACAAAGAAAAAAGUUGAGAACAUCACAAGGAACAUUCGUCGAUAUGGAUGGCCUGCGGUGUGCAUGCACGGUGAUAAAUCUCAACAAGAGCGUGACUAUGUACUUAGAGAAUUUAGAAAUAAGAAAGGAUCUAUUUUAGUAGCAACUGACGUUGCUGCACGUGGAUUAGACGUCGAUGAUGUUAAAUACGUCAUAAACUUUGAUUAUCCAUCAUCAUCUGAAGACUACAUUCACCGAAUAGGCCGAACUGGUCGUUCUCAAAGUUCAGGAACCAGUUAUGCCUUCUUUACCCCUCAGAAUGGACGACAAGCUAAAGAUCUCAUAAACGUUCUUAGAGAAGCAAACCAGAUAAUUAACCCUAAGUUAUCUGAAUUAGCGUCCAAAGGAGGAAAUAAUUUCGGAGGACGCAAUCGAUGGGGCUAUUCCGGUGGACGAGGACGAGAAAAUACCUUUUCCGGCACACACAAACGAUUCGAUAAUAAUAGGAGUAAUGGAUAUAAUAAUUAUAGUUGACUUUCUGAUUUAAAUAUAGAACACAAAUACUGAGCAAAAGCCGAAUACUUGAGGACUUAGAUUUAACUAUUCGUUUUCAAACUGUGAUUAGAAAAACUGUCCUAUAAAGUGGUUCGUGCGUUUAAGAAAUGCCAGUUGUGUGUUUAAUUUCAUUCGACCCAUUUUUAAUUUAUGAUAUUUAGAUUUUCUUAUAAAUAGAACUUAAUUGGUUCUAUACCUUAAUAUUUUAUUGCGUGAUAUGCGAUAAAAUAACCAUAGUCUAAUAACAAUUUUGUAUUUCCAAUCAAUAAAACAUUAGCAAAGUGGAUUAA